CUCGUGAGCGAGUCAGUGGUGGUUGUCGUUUCAGCUUCAUCUCGCUGUCUCGCACAGUGAGUGGCAGAAGCAAGUAGUGAUAACAGAUCAGGAAGGUCUUGAACCUUUGGGGUGAAAGCAUUUGCUAUUAGCAAGAGGGAGAUGGCUCGGAAGUUGGUAGUGGCGAUCGUUUUGGUAAUCGUUGCGGCUGCGACGGCGACGGCAGACUAUGUUCGGCCGAAGCCUCGGAAAAUCUUGGAUUUUCCAUGGAAGCGUAGGAGUUCAUCUGAACCUCAACAGGUUCAUAUCUCUUUGGCAGGAGAUAAGCACAUGCGCAUCACAUGGAUCACUGAUGAUGCCAACUCUCCUUCUGUUGUUGAAUAUGGAACAUCACCUGGAAAAUACACAUCCUUAAAUCGGGGAGAAUCCACAUCAUACAUCUAUUUGCUCUAUAUCUCAGGACAGAUACACCACACUGUCAUUGGACCUCUGGAAGAUGAUACAGUUUACUUUUACCGGUGUGGAGGAGAAGGUCCAGAGUUCAAGCUCAAGACCCCUCCCUCUAAGUUCCCAAUUACUUUUGCCAUCGCUGGAGAUCUGGGUCAAACAGGCUGGACUGCCUCAACUCUUGACCAUAUUGGCCAGUGUAGCCAUGACAUGUUUCUGCUUCCAGGGGAUAUCUCUUAUGCCAAUUACCAGCAGCACUUAUGGGACACAUUUGGUGAGUUGGUGCAACCCCUUGCAAGUGCAAGGCCAUGGAUGGUAGUUGAAGGGAACCAUGAAAAGGAGAUUAUACCAUUUUUUAAGGAAGGUUUUCAAGCGUAUAAUUCCAGGUGGAAGAUGCCAUAUGUGGAGAGCGGAUCAAAUUCAAAUCUUUAUUAUUCCUUUGAAGUUGCAGGAGUUCAUGUUAUCAUGCUUGGCUCUUAUGCAGAGUAUGAUGAGGACUCGGAUCAAUAUAGUUGGCUGAAGGCUGAUCUCUUAAAAGUGGAUCGUAAUAAGACACCAUGGCUGAUAGUGCUAUUUCAUGCUCCAUGGUAUAACAGCAAUAAGGCCCAUCACGGUGAAGGAAAUCAUAUGAAGGCUGUGAUGGAACCGUUGCUUCAUGCUGCUCGAGUGGAUAUCGUGCUUACUGGCCAUGUGCAUGCUUAUGAACGCUCGAAACGUAUAAACAAUGGACGAUCAGAUCCUUGCGGAACUGUACACCUAACUAUCGGUGAUGGGGGGAACAGCGAAGGUCUAGCAGAGAAAUAUCUAAACCCACAGCCAGAGUGGUCAGCCUUCCGUGAAGCAAGCUUUGGUCAUGGUGAGCUUAAUAUUGUGAAUGAAACUCAUGCAUUCUGGAGCUGGCACAGGAAUGAUGAUGAUGAACCUGUAAAGUCAGAUCAAGUGUGGAUAACCUCAGUGGUCGGUUCAGGAUGUCUUGCCGAAGGGAAGCAUGAAUUCAGUUAGAUUCUCUCAUGGCUUCAUAGAAGAGGGAACAUCUGGAAAUUCCCUUUCAUCAGUAUGAAAUGACUACGGAAGGAACCCUUUGUAAAUAUAUUUGGUAGGAGAAUAUAUCAUAGUGGUGUAUAAUUAGUAGCUUAUACAUCAGCAUAAUAGCCUUUUGAGGGGUGAGGGGGAAGGGGCAGGGAAGAGAAGGAUGAGUUUAAUUGUUUCUUGAUGUUCCAUAGCUGCAAGACACAUCAUAGCGUCAAGCUCAGAACUUAGUGAAAUAAACGGCCUGCUACGUACAUUGCCAAGACAGUCGAUUCUGCAAUGCUUGGCUGGAUUUCUGUACAAUAAACCCAGAACCCCAUUG